AUGCAGCUGAUUAAAGUUAUUUUAUGCUGCUUUUGCGUAUUUACUGGUCACUUUUCGAAUGGAAACAGCAUUCACAGUUCAAAAAUCAAAUCACACCUUAUCAAUCAUACGAUGGAAUUGAUUGAUAGAGUUUUUUCAAAUAAUUCUUACCCACUGAUAAUAUCUUCUGACUUAGUUGAUGACCAAGUGGCAAGCGGGAGUAUUGACAAUGGAAGACCGCUGAUUGUCAUACAUGGUGAUCAGAGACGGAAUCAAAUCGAAGGGUAUCUUCCCAGCUAUCCUACAUAUAUCCUUAGAUUUGAAUCUCUGGAGAAACUGAUACAACUCAUCUUUGAGUUCAUGGGCUCAACAAUCUGGAACAUAAAGUCACCAAUGUUCAUUCUCGACAUUUCUGAAGGGACGCAUGAUAAAAACGCUUUUAUGGUUCUCUCAUUCCUUGGAAGGCUCGAUAUUUUAAUAUCAUACUAUAUGUGUUAUGAUGAUAAAAAAGAUUCAACCAUGGUCUACACUCUGAAUCCUUACACACAAUACGCUCCGCCACCUUGGAAUCAAGUUAAAUUUGCAAAUGCCAAUAGUAGUAGUAAAACAAAGUUCACACUAUACAGAUUGCAUUAUCCAAAAGAUUUGAAGAACAACUAUAAAAAUAUUCAUUUUGAUAAAACUCAGUAUUUGGGUGGUCAUGAAAUAAAAUUAAUGGCUCCUAUCAUUCAAAUAAAUGAACCCGAACAGUACAAGCAGAGACAUAUUAUUGAGCUCAUGAAAUCUAUUGACAAGAUCAAAGACGUCGUAUUGACUUCAUUACCUGAUUAUAUGAAAGUAACAGUAUCAUUUCAUAUCUCCGAAAUAAGUAAUGAUUCUAAGAUAAUAGGAUACGGUUAUGACGAAAAACUUUUAAAUCGUCGGUACGAUGCGAAAAACGUCAUGAAUCAAUUAGCUGACACAAAUCCUAGAUUGACUGAUUUUGUGACACAGUAUGAUGAAAACCAGUAUUCAAUUCUGACGAAGAAAACAGAUUAUUUGACGGCACUCACCGAAGUCCAAAUAAAUCUUCAGUUCAUCCUCAUCACACUCUUGGUGUUGUUCUUGAUUGCAGUAAUCAUAAUCAUGAGUAAUAAUUUUAACGUAGGCAGAGGAAUCAUGGACAUUGUGAGCAUGUCACUGAACAUGGGGAUAAUAUCUCCAAUGGGACGUCUUUCGAUGAAGAUCAUUUAUUUUUUCGGAUUUUUAUUCAUUUUUGUGGUGAUGCCCGAAUUCCAAGGACAAAUAUCGGCCAUUCUAUCCCAACCUGCAAGACGCAAUGUCGAAACCCUAAAGGACUUAUUAGACAACAAAUACCACGUGUUUUAUAGUCCGUUAUUGGAAAGAGACAUGAUUAAUGAAAAAUUAUGGGUGACCGAAGCGGACCAGAAAUACUUGCAUCAAUUGAAUUCUCUUGAUCUGAAAAAAUGUGCGAAAGAAGCCCAACAAAUUGACUUGACUAUAAAGCAACUCAGUAAUGUCUUAGAGCUUCAAAAUCUUUACGUAUCAAAGGAAAUCACGUUCAAGAAAUAUUUUGUGUUUCGGACAAAAAAGAACUGGGCGCUGAAGGACAAAAUUGAUGAAGUCCGUUCAAUACCGGUGGAAACAGGAUUAAUUUACCAUCACGGUGAAGAGAUAAUAAAAAACCUAUGGAAAAAAAUAGAGAAGAUGGAGAAAAUCAAAGAAGCUGAAAACUAUGAACGGAUCGACUUUGAGAACUUGGUGUUUUAUGUAAUUGUGUUUGCAGCUACUUUGCUGUGGAGCUUGGUCAUUUUUGGAAUUGAGCUUCUUGUCUCCCACAUUCACUUGAAAUAUCAAAGACAAGAAAAGGAGCGACGACAAUUCAUUGAGAGAUUGAGAGCACAACCACGGAUUAUUUUACCCCAAGUCGAAUAG